CUAGUUUGAAAAAAGCAUCGGAAUUUAGUUUCCUUCGUUUCGCACCAGGAGCAAACAAACCUGCAGCUCUGAUAAUUUCCGGUCAAUACGGCCAGUUCGAUCAGACUUUUUCAUCGCCCCUCAUCUCUCUGCCUCUCGUUUUUUAUUUUCGCGCGCUUCGGAGCUUCAUCAGGAGCAUCGGCGGCACGACACGUCGUCGGGGGUAUUAAAAAGCAGAGCAAAGUUCGAAAAAUAAUAAUCAACCCGUCAAUUGGGUAGUUCGGGGCGAAACGCGCGAAAAUUGCUUAAACACGAAACGAAUAUAUCGAUAUCGGGAUAUACGUGCGGGCAUAUAAGCGCAGCUCAAUAUAUAUGCAGAAUCGGACAUUAGCCCGGGUGGCCUAUAGGUAUAAUCGGGAUUGGGUAAUUCCCUAGAGAUCGCGAAUCAUAAGCGCGGAGCGAGAGAUAGAGAUAAUGCUCGCGACGGUAUAUCUUCUCUCUUAUCGUCUCUCUCUCUCUCUCUCUCUCUCUCUCUCGACUGCUUGCACUACAGCGACGGCAGAAGCGCGACGGUCGUGUUCCGCGAGUAUAAUACUUGCGAGGAGAAACUGCUCGUUAUAUUUCGGCUCUCGGCUGCCGGCACUGUUUUCAGGACUGUCUCCGUCUCUCGUGGCAUGUCCGUCUUAUUCGAGUUCGCCAGAACGACAGCAUCGCUACUCUUCCGUCAGGCUUAUACCGAGCGGCCCGACAUGGCUAAAGAAGUGAAAGAGAAACCGAAGCGGGCAAAGAGGCUUUCGCUGGGGGUCGGCGGAGCUUUGGUGGAAUUACCGGCGGACGAGCGGCAAGGCUGGGCCAAUCCCCUGGAGUUCGUGCUCUCCUGCAUCGGCUACGCCGUCGGCAUCGGGAAUGUCUGGCGUUUCCCUUACCUCGUCUAUCGCAACGGUGGAGGCGCCUUCCUCAUCCCCUUCGUGCUGAUGCUGCUGACGAUGGGCCUGCCGAUCUUCUUCCUCGAGCUGAUCGUCGGACAGUACGUGGGCCUGGGCCCGACCGAGGCCUACGCCCGCAUGGCCCCGGCCUUCCAGGGCCUCGGCUACUGCACCAUCGUCGUCAUAGCCCUGGUCACCAUCUACUACAUGGUCAUCAUCUCCUGGACGCUCUUCUACACCUUCGCCAGCUUCUCCAGCAAGCUCGCCUGGGCCUACUGCGACAACGAGUUCAACUCGCCGAACUGCUACAGCAGCCUGCAGGACGCGGAGUGCCGGGCCGAGCGGCCGGACCUGGUCUACUACAACCGCAGCUGCAUGGGCAUCGAAGCUUUCUGCCGGAGCUUCGGACUGGCAAGCAACCUGAGCGACCCGACGCAUUGCUACAAAGUCGGCGGCAACGGCCCGGGAAUCGAGCUCCGCCACCUGUACAACCGCACCCUGUCCUCCGAGGAGUUCUACAACGAUUACGUUUUAGGAAUCCGAGAUGCCAAAUGGGAGGACUGGGGCGGAAUGAGGUGGGAGCUGCUCGGCUGUAUCAGCCUCGCCUGGCUCGUCUGCUACUUGUGCCUCAUUAAGGGCAUCCAGUCGGUGGGCAAGGUCGUCUACUUCACCGCCCUCUUUCCCUACUUCGUCCUCAUCGCUUUCAUGAUAAGAGGAGCGACGCUCGAGGGCGCAGUGGACGGCAUACUCUGGUACAUAAGUCCGCGCUGGUCCUACUUGAUGGACGCCCGUGUCUGGGCGGACGCGGCCUCCCAGGUGUUCUACUCGCUGGGCAUCGGAUGCGGCUCCCUGGUCACCUUGGCCAGCUACAGCUCCUUCAGCAACAACUGUCACAGGGACGCGGUGUUCGUGACGCUAACGAAUCUAUUGACGUCGGUGUUCGCGGGCUUCGUCACUUUCUCCGUGAUGGGUUUCCUGAUGAACCAGAUGAACCUGCCCAUCGAGGAAGUGGUUCGUAGCGAGACGGGCCUCGCUUUCAUCGUCUAUCCCGAAGCGGUGGUGCAGAUGCCCCUGUCUAACCUUUGGGCUGUGCUCUUCUUCUUGAUGCUCUUCAUACUCGGUCUCGGCAGUCAGUUCGCCGGCGUUCAGGCGAUAAGCUGCGCGAUUAUGGACGUACGCCCGGAUCUUCGACCGCACGAGAGCCGCGUGAUCCUGGUGGUUUGUGCGCUCGGCUGGCUGCUCUCGCUACCGAUGCUCUGCAACGGAGGCAUCUACCUCUUCACCCUGAUGGACUGGAACACAGCCUCCUGGGCCGUCCUAUUGAUCGGCUUCGCCGAGCUCGUGCUGCCGGCUUGGUUCUACGGCUGCGGCAGACUUCUGCACAACCUCGCCGAGAUGCAAAUGAACUUCGGCCCUCUGCUCAGGGCGUACUGGCGCCUCAGCUGGACUCUGCUCGCGCCGGCCACCUGUCUGGGUGUGUUCAUAUACCAGAUGUACACCUACCGCACAGCCAGCUUCGGGGACUACAAGUUUCCAGUCUGGGCUGACGUUAUUGGUAUUUUGAUUGGCUUAUCGACCCUCGCGCCGAUGCCAAUAUUCUUCUGCUACCACCUCUGGCGUGGACCGAGAGACUGGAGCCUGCUGAAGCCGUCGUCGUCAUGGGGACCGGCUAAGAAGGCUUCGACUCCUGAAAGAAGCUCCAGCACUGCCAGCGUCGACAAGCAGCAGCACGAGGGCGGCGUCAGUAAUCCCGCAUUUUUGCCGGAUUCCCAAGCCUGAGGCAUGCAGAUAUCGAGGGACUUUACACACUUACAAGGGAAAAGAGAGAAAAGAAAAGUUAUGGAGAUUAAUGCCGGCGUCGAGUCGCCUCGUCCAGCUGAAUUCGUAAACGCACAUAUCCAGCUCUCGACUAAUAUGCAUGAACUGAAACUAGAGCCGCGGCGGCAGCAGCGCAUAUAGCACUGAUCGAAAACUGCGCGAAAGGAUGAGGGCUAUGAAUAAUGCAAUGCAAAUGCCGUCACGGACGACGAGUUUUGUAGUCGAGAGGGCUCGGGCGCUCGUAGGACGUGGCAAUGGAUUCUCUAUAGUUUGCUGCUAAACGAGCGAGUAAUGCCGCUACGCCGAUGCAUAUCUAUCAUAUUCGAUUUGCUUAAUUUCCCGCGGAUUGAGGACUGACGGCGUUUUAUUUUUAUUUUCCUUUUCCGAACGUCUGUCUGUGUAGAAGUAGAUUAUAAUGAUUAUCCGCGCUUCGUUCGACGAUACAUCAGAGUAAGUGAGAUGUUGGUUUAUUAUUGUUCAGGGCGGAAAGAGUAAUUGACUUUUGAAUAAACGACUCGAAAUAGUCUCUAUUAUGAUGUGUGGAUUCCAAUCGAGGUUGUAACAGCCAGCAGGAUAUCUCUCUCUCUCUCUCUCUCUGCAUAUAUGUUAAUAAUAAAUAAAUGAAAUGCAAGCGCA